AGCUCAUGAAUUGUUCUGGUUUUCUGUGGGUUUUGAGGUUUCCCCAACCCGAACUACACUAGGACUAGUUCAGUUUGAAAUAUAAUUAGUGAGCCCACAUCUGGGCAUAGAUCUGAUGAACGCAGACAGUAACUAAUCAUUAGGUAGUGUACUUACAACCAAUGUCCCUUUCUAUGUCAGUCUAUCUUCUUUCGCGCUCUUUCAACUGGUGACAAUAUUUGAUAGCGCAUGUAAUCGCACAAGAAUGACCGAAUGUUCAUAGUUCCGGAACAAUCUGCUCGCGCGCAGAAUUUUACGCGAACGGUGCCACAGCCCUACAAUUCUGAAGAGUUUGAUCCCUUUUUGGCUAACCUCUACGCCUAUACCAAUUUUCCGACUGAGCAAGCGGGGCCUGGAAGCUGUUAUACUGUUGAAUCACUGAAAGACAAGGUUCGUGUCAAUCGCAAGGAAGGAUCAGAAUUAAAACAAUCUUCCGCAACCCUUAAAGGACUAGUUAGUAAUCCUGUGAGAUACAUCAGAAUCAGUACAGGUCCUUCUACCUCAUUAGGCUUCGGAUCAACAUCAAGAUCAAGGAUGGCGCCAACGAAGCAGUCUCCAAUGGACAAGGUGUUCAAGUGGGACACAUCGACGACGAAUGAUGAUAUCGGUCGAACUUGGAGCUUCAGUGGUGGCUCCCGGCCGAUUCGGCAGCCGCGUGGUAGGCGGAUGCGAGAGCAACUCGCAGGCGUGCCCGCAGCGGAAUCGUCGAAUCCCUUGGGCGGAGGACAAAAUGUCCUUACAACCUAUGAUCCGGCGAUGCGAACGAUGAGCCCGCAAGUUCCGCAAGUCUUUAAGCCUGUAGAGCGAGUAGACGGAGUUAACCUAGCUUCUUCUGUUGUUACAGGAAGCGGCAGCGCUCAACAAGUUCGCAAACCAAUGGCGCAGAGAGUAGACUUGUUGCAACGUUCUUCAGCGGCCCGAAGACCGAGUCCGAUUUUGCCGCAGAAUGACGACCGCUUGACGAAUCGAGGCAUUCAGCGUAUAUGGACCUUUUCUGGCGGAACUCAGUUACUUCGGCCCGGCGUCAACGACUGGCGACCGGUCCCUGAAGACAUGCCGCGUAUCCCUGGCCUGGACGCGCCGCUUGACCACACAGCACGAGUGCUCGAUUUUGGUGGAGAUGAGGAGGAGGGGGACAGUACCCGGAGUAGGUCGCGCAGUGCGCGAGGUGGAGGUGAGGACAUACCUCUACUAGUAGGUGACAAGUCUUACAGCGGAUUGGUUUCGCGGGAGAUUAAGCGUGGCUACGAUAUUGUCACACUGCAAGCAUCUCCGAUUGAAGCCGAGAACUACUCAGCGAGAAAGAACGUUAACAUGAAAGCGAUGGAUACGUCAGUGAAAUCAAUGGCCUCAAAGAGUACGACAACCGCGAGCUUGAAUACGGCGUCUGCAACGUUGCAGCAGAACCACCAGAUCGACAUCGUUGAUGACUACAUGUUGUCGCCACCAGCGGUUCAAGCUCCUAAAGAAGCGCCUCCGCCCGCUUCAAAAAUCCGAGAGAAGUCCGCGCCACCAGCAAUGUCAGCGAAUAAUAAAGUGAUCUCUGUCGUAGAGGUAAAUGUAGAGGAUGUAUUGGAGACGUUCCCCCUUGAAAAAGCAGCAGAGGUACAGUAUCUAUUGAGCGAAGAAUCCUUGGGAAAAUUGGUCGAGCGUGCCCGCUCAGCUCCCCCACAGCGUCGCAGCAACUACGAUCAAGACGCGCCGUUUAAGACCAACCCAACGAUGAAAGCUGUUUCAGGAAGCAAGGUUGCUGGUUCCACUUCCACUUCUUUAUUCAUGCCCCAAAGCCAAAGUGGUGGUCUGCAGAGGUUACAAGCGGUCUCCGAGCUACAACAAGACUCGAAUGGUUUUGCGUCGUUUGCGGGGAAGUCGACAGCUGAGUUUCUGGGUCGUGAGAGCUCGUCAGGAAAGCGCACUUACACGAAAUACGAGCAGCAGCGGCUGAAGGAUGGAUCUUUGAUGUUGCGACCCCACGGAACAGGCAAGGCUAUGGUGGGUCAGCCAAUGCGCGGGUUACCGCCACUCCCGUUCUCGGGAAUCGAAAACUCAGAGUACUCACCGCCAAGCGCGCUACGACCUGGGCCGAAUACUUACAUGACGUCGGAGUAUAAGACUACGUUCGUGCAUCCGCGGAAGAUGACGCCGCCUCCGCGGCCGUCGCCGGGUGGAAAGCGCAAUGUCGCGAACUACAUGAAGCAAGUGGAGCUCAUUGAGGCGCAAAGAGCGCGAAUCCAAGAAAUUCUACUAGAAAACGCAGGUUCGUCGACCUACAGAUCAGGACAAAGUGGGCAAGCUGUAGCGGUGGAUUCUAGUCCGGUUGAUACAUCCCAGGAAGUGGCUGCAUCUGUUGAAACCCAAGUAGUAGCUGGGAAUAGCGCUGCGAAAGACACCGAAGCAGAGCAGCGAGCUACUGAAGCUGAAGCCCUCGCUGCGUCUUCAGCCCAAGGAAGAGGCGACGCUGGGUCCUCUGGUUCGCCCUUUUAUCGUCCCGGAAUGAAUUUCGACACCUCGGACAACGAAAAUCCGUACGUUUUUGGGUCACUCGCUGAACCGAGGUCCCGCGAGCGUCGCCACGUGCCAGAAUUGUAUGCUGUCACGAGUGCGCGCACCGUCGUGCCACGACUUGCUGGUCUCGCUACGCCGCGCGACAAUCCAAAGUGGUAUCCGUAUCCCAGCAAUAAUUAUGAUCCCUCUGUCGCCUACUACGUGCAGCAGCGACCUUUUGCAUGGGCCAAUGUAAGAAGUGGAAAUAAUUUGCAUCCUCAAGAGCAAGAUGUCGCUUCGACUGUCCCGUUAUCGAAAAGGACCACUUCCAGCGGUGACAGCGCGCCACGUGCUCCGCCGCCACCAACUUCGGUCCGAGUGAUGCCAGAAACACCGGCUUCUACAAAGGACGUGCGUACCGUUGCCCCACAGACUCCAGUGAAGGACUCCUCCGCACAAACGAUGCAGGAAAAUCCAGUUCAGCAAGGUGGAUUUGACUUGGUCAUUAUCGCUGGUACACCUGCAAAGAACAAGAGACAAGAAGUCAGUGUCGUCGGAGAUACGAUAGAAACUACAGGAGCAUCUUCUUCUCAAGUCGUGGACCAGAGUGGCAUGGACACUGGUCGAGGCACCAUUGAUACUCCAGCUGGAAAGGCACCGGAAUCGCCACAGGGGUUUCCAGCUGACUUGGUUGACGCCGAAAUUCGAAGCAGUAUCAAGCCGAAAGAUACAGAAGAUGGAUUCGAGGAGCUCGCGUUUGCUGGCAAGAGUUUUAGCAAGACGAAAUAUGCUGCGAAGCCCGAGCUUGAAAGCGAAGCGUCCGGGCGUCCGCCGGCAUGGGAGGAACUUCCUCGAGGCGUAAUUGAGGCCGAUCUGGUUGAUACAAAUUACCAAAAAAACAAGUACUCAAGAACAUCGUCCAAAGCUAGUCGAGCAGACUUACCUUCCGGGUUUCAUGCAACACCGCGCGAAGAGUUUGGCAGUGUCGGACGUUUCUUCUUGUUCGGAAAGACUGACGACCAACCGCGGUCGUGGAUGGCGAAGCUGCGCCAGCAGGAGGAAGAAGCGCGUGGAGAACCGUUUUUUCCGAAGUGGGACAUUAAAGGUAUGAAUGAGGAAAACGAGUGAGGUGGUGAACAGGCUACAAGUACGAUACCGAAUAUUUAUGAAACUACUAAAUAGAGCAAAGAAAAUAUCGCCUACAAAGGAGCAGCAGUUUUUGUAUAGAGUCAAAGACAGUGUGAACUAGAUGAGUAGGAAAUGUUAUUUAAGUGCGAAGUUAGAAGCUGUCCUCCGUAUGAAUAGACGAGAUUUUCAAAGAAUAAACGGCAAAGACGAUUGCAAAAUUAUUUUUCGGAAGAUUUUCUUCGCAGAUACAUAAACAUAACCAAGUAGUGGCAAGUAGUAGAAACGUUGACUUCCUGAACAUAAUUAAUGAUAAUUGAUGACUUGUAGCAUGGAAGUUUUAUGCCUAUUUGUAGAGGUGAUCAUCUCGAUACAGUUGAAAAAAGUAAGAGCAGACUUCAUUCAUUGUUGCAUGCCUCAUGCGGGUUCUCAAGCCUGCUGUUGGUGUAUUUGAUGAAUGCAAUGGACUUGUCAAUGACUGCGACUGUUGAAAUACGCAUAGAUUUUACAUGUGAUUUAAAACAAAUCUGUCAAAAGAUCUGCAUAUUGCUUAGAGCUAAAGCAUAUGAACAUGCGCACCAAGAAUGCACUACGAGAGAAAUUCAAAGGUGAAAAAAUGAUCACGAAAAAGAAACCACCCGACCUCCGUAAGUAACUGCACUUUCGGCGUGUUCGCGUGUGCAAAACGAGUUUAGACGCAUCUCUUGAGAACAAGAAAUAACUUCGAGAGCUGGCAUUCAUACAUUGUCUUUUCAUAUCUUGUGAAGCUUCACCCGAUGACCACGAGAUGAAUAUGCAAGUGUUGAUGACGAGAUAUCACUAG